CAUGAAAAGUUGAUUUGUUCAUUUGAGUGACUCUUGACUAGUCUGUUUAUUUGAAUACGGUAAAGUUAAACUAAAAUAAAAAACUCAAAAUGCCUUUGGAAAAUUUAGAAGAAGACGGCUUGGAAAAGAAUCCAAAUUUUGAUUUAGCCCAAACAAAGUUCUUAUUAAGUUUACCAGAAUAUCGAAAUGCUGAAGAUAAACAACGGAUCGAAGAAAAACGACAAUUGGAAGAAAAAUUAUACAAAGCGAUUGUAGCGGAAAAUAUGGCCCCAUUUUACAAAGAAGUAUGCACAGAUUUAGGUUGGAAUUUUGAUGAAAAAUUUUAUAAAACUACAUCUGAAGUCAAUGCAAAUAAAAUCAAAGAAUUAGAUGAUGCAAUCGAAGAUGCUGAGCAAAAUUUAGGUGAAAUGGAGGUUCGUGAGGCAAAUUUAAAGAAAGCUGAAUAUUUAUGUCGAAUUGGCGAUAAGGAUGCAUCUGUAGCCGCAUUUCGUAAGACCUAUGAGAAAACUGUAUCAUUGGGGCAUCGCUUGGACAUUGUCUUCCACAAUAUUCGUAUUGGAUUAUUUUACAUCGAUCAUGAUUUAAUUACAAGAAAUAUUGAUAAAGCUAAAUCAUUAAUCGAAGAAGGUGGUGAUUGGGAUCGUCGUAAUCGUUUAAAAGUGUACCAAGGUUUAUAUUGUAUUGCUGUACGUGAUUUCAAAACAGCUGCCCAAUUAUUUUUGGAUACAGUGAGCACAUUUACAUCAUAUGAGCUUAUGGAUUAUAACACAUUUGUCCGUUACACAGUUUACGUUUCAAUGAUUAGUUUACCACGGAACGAGCUACGGGAUAAAAUUAUUAAAGGAUCCGAAAUUCUAGAAGUUCUACAUACCAACUCGGAUGUCAAGGAUUAUUUAUUCUCAUUGUAUCAAUGUCAAUAUGCUGAUUUCUUUAAAAAUCUUGCAAUUGUGGAAAAACAAUUACGACAUGAUCACCUGUUUUUCCCGCAUUAUCGAUACUAUGUACGAGAAAUGCGUGUUCUUGCAUACUCACAACUUUUGGAAUCGUAUCGAUCGUUAACAUUACAGUACAUGGCAGAUGCGUUUGGAGUCUCUGUUAAUUAUGUUGAUGAGGAAUUAUCACGAUUUAUAUCAGCUGGACGUUUACACUGUAAAAUUGAUCGUGUUGGUGGGGUCGUUGAAACGAAUCGACCCGAUCGUAAGAACUCACAGUACCAAACGUUGGUCAAACAAGGUGAUCUACUUAUCAAUCGAGUACAGAAAUUAUCUCGUGUUAUUAAUAUUUAAAUUAAAUAUUUUUUUACCUUUUUUUUUUUGAUUA